UUUCAUAUAAACAUUUUAGGUUAGACUCAUUUCUUCUCUCUUACCCACGACAUUAGGAGAAACAGGAAAGAGCACGGCGGCGGUGGUCGAUUGGUGGUGCGGGUGGUGCAGUGGUGGUCAAUUGGUGGUAUGGUGGUGGUCGAUUGGUGGUGCAUCGGAGGUCUGGACAGUGGUGGUUGAAGGGUUAGGCUCUUGUAAGUUGAACAAAGCCAACAAAAUGAAGUAAAUGGCUCUAUAAGCAAACAAUGCUGCACUCAACUGGGACAAUGAGUUAUGCGCGGAAGGCUGAAAAGGCAGACACAACUAGAAGAGCUUGCUGCAAUUCAGCCUUCUAACCCAGAUGAACCUUCACCCCAUGAUUUUUAUGCCCAAGUUAGUGGAGAAGAAAGAAGGGGCUGUGUUCGGAUGUAUGGCUUGGGACCUACAUCUACUAGUCUUUGGCGGCCAUCUCCUAGUAAAGCGGACCUAAUAAGGAGGACCUCACAAGCAAAGGAGGAGACACGUGUUGCUCGUGCAGAAAUGAAGGAGACAGUGGAAAUGAUACGUGUUGAGUAUGAUGAAAAAUAUGAAGCUUUGAAUGCAAAAAUGGCUAUGAUUUUGCAUCAUAUUGAACAUCAAAAUUAUAAUGUACGGGUACCCGGCUCCUCAACUACACUUGGUGAUCCUUAAAUUUUAGUUUUGGUCAUGAAAUUUCAUCCCUGGGCAAUUUGAAGCAAGACGAGAGAUGAAGUUGAACCAUUAAUUCUCAAGACCCUGGCAUAGUCUCACUCAAAUUCUCAAUGAAAUGUUGAUGUUUUAUUUUGAAUGAUUUCCUUUUGAAGCUUUAUUACAUUUUGGUGUUUCCUUUUGAACCUUUUAUUAGCACUUGACAUUUUGAAACAAAACUUACAUGUUAUGGGAUGUUAUUAGAUUUUAAUGCAACUUUGUUUAUGUUACAUAUCAAA